AUGGCACCCUCCCAGUAUCCAGUCAAUUCCCCUUCGCCACUAGACCGCAUCGCUGGCAACUAUGUUGAGCUGGAUGACAUGAAGGCUGAGAGGAGCCCGACGUGGUCAACCAAGGACGAGUAUACCAACGUUAAGACCAAGGAAACGAUACCCUCAGAACUGCCAGCGCGACCAAGGAUUGAGGAUGACGGCAGCAGUAACUGGUGGAUAUUCGAAUCGGUGGCAUGGCUCAUUAGCGCGAUAGCACUUGCUAUCAUUAUCGCGGUCGUGGCCAUCACGGAUGGGAAGCCUCUACCGACAUGGCCGAUGCACAUUACGCUCAACUCGUUCGUGUCGUUCAUGUCGACGCUGAUGAAGGCUGCCGCGGUAGUUCCCGUCGCCGAGUGCAUCAGCCAACUUAAGUGGUUAUGGUUCCGGAGAGCCGGCGCCGUGCACGACAUUCAGACCUUCGACGAGGCCAGCCGCGGCACCUGGGGCAGCGCGAAGCUGUUGUUCGUCACGCGCGGCAUCCACCUGGCUAAGCUGGGAGCACUUAUCACCAUUAUCAUGCUCGCCAUCGACCCUUUUGUGCAGCAAGUUAUCACUUACCAAAAAGAGCCAAUUAUGUCGACACACUCCAACUCAUCUGUACCUAUCGCGUCAAUGUAUAGCGACUAUUCGUUUGGGUCCAUGAUGGCUUUGAGAGAACCGACCAUGACUAUGAAGGCAGCCAUCAACAAUGGCAUGUAUGAUACGGCCGAUACGCCGCAACUGGAUUUUCCAAUAUCGGCCACAUGCGCCACUGGCAACUGCACCUGGCCGUCGACCUACAAGUCGCUAGCUGUGUGCAGUAAGUGCUCCAACACAACGUCCCUCAUGACGACGUCCUGUGACGAGCCAUUCGGACCCUGGCCCGCAAUGUGCAACUAUACGCUACCCAAUAGCAUGUUUUUCAAUGGUCAGCUCCGGGGAAAUAUGUAUCUGAACUCGUCGGGGUCAUAUGACUCUCUGGCCUACAAUAACUCGCAGUCAACAUUUGCAACCCUGUCUACGAUGCGCGGUCUACACGAUCUAUCGUCGACAAAUCUGCUAGGGGUGGUCUCGAACGAGUGCGUCUUGUACUUUUGCGUCAAUGAGUAUCACAGUAACGUGACCAAUGGUGCCUUCACCGAGACCCUUGUAGCCAGUUACACGGGUGACAGGAAUCCCGAAGACCAGCAAAAUAUCACCAUCUCCGUCCCUGGUACUGGCAAGGAAUACUGGGUGGGCGCCCAGUCAUGGUAUGCCCUCCGGUCGCAUUUUCUGGACUACUGGACAGGCAACGUGAGUGGUUCGACCGGUCGACUAUCAAGCACUAGCGACAUCCUCACUGCGCUCUACACUUUCGGCGAAGAUGGUUCUGGAUCCGGGACUCAGAAGAUCGGCGGCGAGAAUGACACCGUCGCAGCCAUUGCGGCUGCCAUGACGAAGGUGCUGCGCAUGUACGACAUCCCAUCCAACACGUCGCUGUGGGUCACCAACGCCACCGCUCUCAACGCCACAACGAGCGACCGAUUCGCUCUUGGAACGGCCUGGACCAUCGAGACAUUUGUGCACGUGCGGUGGUUGUGGAUGAUAUUGCCGAUUGUCCUGGAAGUGUUGAUUCUGGGUUUCUUGGUCGGCACAAUCCUGCAGAGUAACCGAAGCGGGUUGCCAGGGUGGAAGAGCUCAACACUGCCUCUAAUACAAGGCAAAUUGAGUGAAAUGAGGGAGGCGAUAGCCGAAAAAAGGCGUUCGAGAGUGUGA